AUGGCAACAUCAAAUGGUACAUCUCCGCCKCGGACGCUCAAGCUGCUCAUGCUUCACGGAUACACUCAAUCAGGCCAUCUCUUUGAGAUCAAGACAAAAGCUUUGAAAAAGAGUCUGGAAAAAGCCUUUCCUGCCGCACCCAAACCAGGUUUCCUACCAGAGUACCCUGGCGGCAUUGAACUUCACUAUCCUACAGGGCCUCUCAAGCUCAGCUACGCUGACAUCCCUGGCAACCCGUCUGAACUUGAUGCCGACGGUCCCGGAAACGAUGAUCCAGAGGCUUAUGGCUGGUGGCGACGAAAAGACAUGCCAAAGGGACAAGAUCAACUCGUUUACGAAGGGCUAGAGACGGGACUACAGACCAUCGCGGAUGCCAUCAAAGUAUCGGGUCCCUUCGAUGGUGUGCUGGGGUUCUCACAAGGUGCUGCUGCGACUGCACUCGUUGCAUCUCUGCUUGAGGAUGGACGGAGGGAAGCUUUCAAGGCUGCGGAGCAGAAAGGUGGAAUGCCAUUCCCUACCUCAUUUCUGGCAGAGAAUGGCGAAGAGCUUUUACAACCAGCGAUGAAGUUUGCAGUCUCGUAUUCGGGAUUUGCCGCUCUGCCUUCAGAUCUUUACCAGCCAUUCUAUGAGCCAAAGAUCGCCACACCAAUGUGCCAUUUCAUCGGCAGUGUAGACACGGUGAUCUCGGAAGAGAGAUGUCUUCGCUUGGCUGAUACAUGUGUCGGCGGUAGAGAUGGCGUGGUAGGGAAGCUGCCGAGAGUCGUGUAUCAUCCAGGUGGCYAUUUCUUGCCCAGCAGCCAGAAGCCUUAUGUUGCGGCUUUGGUUGCAUUCAUCCGGGAAACCGUGGAAGGUGGUGGUCUUAAGAAGAAAGAAGAGGAGAAAGCAGAAGAUAUGGAUAUGCCGUUCUAG